ACGAAGAUCUCCAAGACCGAUCCCACCUUCAAGUCACACACACCAAGCAGGCGUUGAGAUCAUGUUGCUGCGAAGUUCUGUCACCGCGGGAUUGUGACGUUUCGCGUGUCAACGUCCUUCGAGAACGGUACGGUGUGGAGAGCAAACAGAACACUACCAUCACGAUUUCUAUUCAAAUUAAAACCCGCAGCUCCCACACAGAAACCGUUUGCUUGCUUGCUUGCUUGCUGGUGGUGGUGGACAACUCGCAAAUUGACUGCGCGUCCCACUUCAGGUACGUUUCGGCAAGCCAGCCAACGGGGCGUGUGUGUGUGUGUAUGAGUGUGAAAUUGCAAUAGAAAAAGGCUACUCCGAGUGUAAAUCACCAAUACCAACACAGAAGGGGGCUCAACACGAUCUGCCUGUACAAGAUUUAUGGCUGGAGGAUGGGGUUGAUUCUGAGAAGCAACUUCGAUCAGCUUGUGCCGGAAGAGGAAUGGCUGCGAGAUGCGGUUUGCAGAUUAACUUUACGAGACUAUAAACAUUAUAACCAGAACACUUCUUCUUAUGCCUCUGUGGACGCUUUCGUCAUAAUCAGUGAUCAAAUCUUAACGUUGCAAAGUGAAACGAGUUGACGCAGAAAAUAAAACGCGUAAAAACCUGUUUGUGAACGUGUUGAUCGUGAAUCUACUGGCAAAGUGUGUGCUCCCGCGGCAAGAAGUCUUUACGGUGAAUUUAGAGAAACCGCACUAAAGAGUGUACUGAAGUGACGUGUUGUUGUAAAAGUGUGAAAGAAGAUUUUGUUACGGUGUUUUUGUAUAUGUGCGUUUUUGUGCUUGUAAAAUCGUAAAACAGUGCCCGCUAGUGCCGUUAAAACCGCCUCUUUGGCUGGAAGUGUAAAGAGAUCUUUCGGAAAGUGUCACAUACGGUUCUGUUACAAGAGUACGUUUAAAGGUGUUGUGUGUACAUACUGAGUUACUGAGAAGGUGUCUGCUUGUGGUUGAAUGAAAUUAAAUUCACCUUCUGUACAGUGAACAGGGGGCGUCCCCGUGGGUGUAGAAUUGUAAUUGUGUUCUAACGGAGUCCAUACGGAGUAGUGACUUGAAGUCAUACGAAGCUGCUGCCGUUGCAUCCAACGCCCAGUAUUGACCGGAUUGCAUCACCUUCCUUUUAAGAUCAUCCUCCAGAGUUAGACUGCCGAAUUCAAAAUGGGGUCGCUAAAAUUGCAAGAGGUGAAGUGCAUACCGAACGGGCGACGCAACGGAUGCAAUGAUGCAUAUCAAAAGCAGUCCCACCACACCGCUGGUGGCCGGUGAGAAGCGUCCAAAGAAGGAAUCUUCCCAGCCGCAAGACACUCGCAAAGUGUCCAGCUUCAUACAACGGUUCUACUUGUUUGGCAACAGCCCGAGCACACCGCACGGUGCGGAAGCGGAACCCGAAGCACCGAAGGUUAAGAAGACGAAAGUGUCCAACCAGCAGACGACGGGUGACACUCAGCCCAACUCCAAAUCAGCAGCAACCGCUAGACCCGGCAGCUCGCCAAGUACCGACGGUACCGUAUCGUCAUCAUCCGAGCCAUCUGAAGAGUUAAACCCAGUGCAGUAUCCCUCGUAUAGUGUCCAGCGGCUGCGACAGUUCUGGAACAACCGGCUGCUGUCGAAUCAGCAACCAACAGGAUCUUCCAUCGACACGCUAGUGAGAAAGGCGAAGAGUGCAACGAUCGGAGCACCAACUGGGGCAGCUGCCAGAACCGUUCUGCGUAAAUCACCUUCACCGAAGGCGACCACACGGUUCCAACGCAACGGUUCCAUUACCCGAUCGGGCAGGCGUCGCUUCGGAACUCUCGACAGCACCGAAAGUGUUCGUAGCGGGCUGGACGUUAACCUGCAGCGGUCUGCUCAACCACCGAAACGAUCGUCCCAUGCCGCCCUGCUCAGCCCCGAUCGGGAAGCUCAGCGCACGCUGGUAGAGAAGCGACCGUGCGUUGGAUCAACCCCGGUGACGGCCGGACCCAGUGCGCGAGAAUCUUUCCCACUGGCCGUUUCCACCCCGAACGGUAAUCAGAUCCAUUGGGCACGUCGAACGGAGCUGCUGGGGAUUCGUGCCCUCACGCAGGAGGAAAAGAAGCAGUGCGCCAAAAUGCCACUCCGGGUAGAGAACUACGUGAAUAGUUACAUCGACGUGGACAUACAGAGCGUCGGUGGACAGGAUGAACCGACAAGAAAUGUGUCAGUCCCUGUGCAAGAACCACCAAAGGAUGCUUUGGAGAAGUUACCACCGAUCCCCAACACGUCUACCCCGGUCACCACACCGGUACGGCAACCCAGUACCUCUUCCCUGGGCCGGAAAGGCAACACUCCGACGCGUAAAAUCAGCUUCAUGAACAACAUUUCGCCCUACAAUCGCAAGCUGCUCGCCUGCAAUGGCACGAAGGUGGCCGCACUCACCAGCAAAUUCAAUCAAAUGAUCCAGCAGGACGCUGGACUGCUUGCGCAGGUGCAGAAGCGCGGUGGCUAUCUGCACAAAUGCGGCAAUGUGGCUUACAAAGUGAUUGAAGAUCCUGGCAGCGAUGGAGUGUACGGCUUUACGUCGACGGGACGAAUGAGCAGUGCAAGAAGCAGCUUGCGAAAAAAACAUUCAAACGCAUCGGCUACUUCCGGUGGAGGUUCCACUGCUGCUGCUGCGACUGCCACUGCCACAGCCACUGCUGCUACUGCUGCAGGAACCGCUGGAAACCGAACGGACGAAAGUUCGGACGAAAUCUCCUCAUCAGCGUCCAGCAAAAACUCUUCGCUACGCAAAACGGGACUACGGAAGCGACCGAGCUUGCGGAAAAAUAUUUACCGCCGACCGGAGUGGGAAACGGGACGCAGUUCGCUCGGCGUGCGGAAAGUGCUGGAGAUGUUCGAGCCGAACCUGCACCAUGGACGGGGCAAGCGGGCGGAGAGUGGCGAUACGGGCAAACCGCCACCGGGACGUAGUAAGCCGAAGGUACCGGACAAAAGCGAGCAAGUGUUGCAAAAAACGAAAGACUUCAAGUCGAAGAAGGUGGUAAGCGAGGUAGUGGAGAAGAGCAAUCGAGGGGCUCUAAAUGAACAAGUAGAGGAGGUGCGUGGGGAUGUAGCGACUGCCAGUUCGGCGGACGAACAUGUCGUUGAUGGAUCUAGACAGGAAACAAAUGAUUCAUCUGCUGUUAGUGAGGAAGCUAAAAGCAAUGACGUCUCACCAAAGGAAGCUAAAAAGGGAAGCAACGGCAUUACAUCGAAACUACACAAGAACUCACCAAGAGAAGCUUCUAAUGCGAUUGUACCUUCGAAAGGAGAAAAUCUAGAGCCUACUGAGGUCCUAUCUGACGGUAAUAAUAGUUUUGGAGAGAUUCAUCCUUCUCACAAUUGGAUGGAUGGAACAUAUGAUCAAAUCGAUCUUGAAGAACCCACUAAUGGAAAGGAGAUCUCCGCCGUUAGUAAACCGAACGAAAUAAUUUCCUCACAGAAGGUUCUGAAAGAGAAGGAAAAGAGCAAGAGUGCUGUAUCGAAGAUUCAAGAGCGUCUCACGUUCAGGUCGUCCAAGAAGGUCACUGUUGAAAAUACUGCCCCGAGAAAAGAGCCAUCGGAAGGAGUCGCAAAUCGUUCCGACCAUGACUUAGGCGAGGAUCAAGCAGCAUACAGUUCUGUAGAGAAGGGAAGCAAACAAGUCACAGAAGAACCAUCACCGUACCAUGCUGUCAAAACCUCGACAGGGUCAAAUCAAGAACUUAUUGAUGUCCUGCCCGACGGCGAUAGUAGCUUUGGAGAGCUCCAUCCGUCUUAUAACUGGACCGAUGGAACAUACGAUCGGAAAUAUGUGGAACAAGCCGCUCAAAUUAAUGCAGCAUACAGUUCUGUGGAGAAGGGAAGCAAAAAAGUCACGGAAGAACCAUCUCUGUACAAUUCUGUCAAAGCUUCGACAGGGGUAAAUCAAGAGCUUAUUGAGGUCCUAUCCGACGGCGAAAGUAGCUUUGGAGAGCUCCAUCCGUCUUAUAGCUGGAUGGAUGGAACAUACGAUCAGAUAGAUUUGGAAGAACCCACUCAUGGAAAAGAGAUCGCCGUCGCCACGACCGAAAUGAGUGGCUCUCAAAAGGAUCCGAAAGAGAAGGAAAAGGGCAAAAGUGCUGUAUCGAAGAUUCAAGAGCGUCUGACGUUCCGAUCAUCUAAGAAGGUUGCCGUUGAAAAUCCUGCUCCUAGAAAAGAGCCUUCCGAAGAAGUCGCAAAUCUUUCCGACAAUGACUUCGGUGAGAACCAUGCAGAAUAUAGUUUUUUAGAGAAGGGAAGCAAACAAGUAACUGAAGAACCAUCACCGCACGGUGCAGUCCAACCUGACAGUAGCCAAACGGAAACAGUUGUAACAUCACCAAAGGAAGGGAAGGAGAAAAAGAGAAGCAAAAGCACUGUAUCGAAAAUUUACGAACGCUUAACGUUUCGAUCGUCCAAGAAGAUGGCGGCACCGAGUGAGCGGUCGGAUGAGGUAGUGAUCAUCCGGGAGGCAGAGGAUGCUAAUCGAAAGGCUCCCGGGCUCCGCCGAUCCUUUGUGUCGUCAAUCGAGAUUCCGUCGAUACAUCCAGAUGAAAGGGCAGUAGCAUCACCUUCGCCAGAGGCAUCCAGAGAAGAGUCGACCGAAAAGGAUAGUUCUGAGCAGAAGAUACUCGAAGCGAUCAGUGCCGUUAGUCAGAGGAUUGAUAAUCUAUCAAAGAGCUUCAGUGAUUUAACGCUAACUGAUGACGAGAACACUCAGGCGAAACGUACAGCCGAUGCAGAACAGGAAGAAGAUGUUCAGCAGGUGCGUCCGAAUGCAUCCUUUCUGUUUCGCGGUAUGGGUUCGGCAGGAUCUAGAGCAGGAUUGGACAGCAAGCACGCCAGUCAGCACAACAUCGUCGAAGCGGUCAAUACGGUCGUCAUCAACAAAUCGCUCUCGAUGGAUGAUCACCAUUUCCCUUGUGCACGGGGCGAAACGGGUAGAAUGAGUCUGAACGAGCGUUCGCGAGCACAGCGUGGCCUGGAGGAUGAUUACGAACCAGUCAUCCAACCCGAGGAGAAGUUGCCGUCGGCAGCAGGCUCCAAGUUCUGCUCCACACCUUCCAUAACGAUCGAUUUGUCCGAACUGACGAGCAAAAUAGAAUCGUUCGUGCACAAAUCAAAGCGCGAAUCAGACAACAUCUACCAGAGCAUUCCAAUAAAGUCCCAAGGGACAGGUAAUACCGCUCUUCUCCACCAGCCUGAGGAUGCCAUUAGCGUCAACAGUUACGAAUCGUUCGAAAACUACGAAUCGAUCGAGCAUGAGCUUCUUUCCAGCACACGGAAGCAAAAUCCCGAGAAAGCAUCCGGCGAAGAGGACACGUACGAGAUUUGCAGUCCACCGCCGGAGCUGCCACCCGCCCGGGAAGACUCUCGCAACGAUCUGACCCUACCACAACCAAAGCGCAAUCUAUCCUCGUCCCCCAAAACGCUACCGAAACACCUGCAGGUAACCUAUCAGUCCAACUACGAACGCAUCAAGUACAGCAAGAUCCCACCGAGACCACCGAAACCGGAGGAAGUCCCACUGCCGCCGCGUAACAGUUCCACUGCCAGCACUGGAGCAACGUCCAGCGCAGCGAACGUCACGCUGGAAGCCAGUACGUCACACUCCUCCUCCACGGAACAAGCGUCGUCCGGCGCGGGCGGAGAUUUGCUGGACAAAUCACCCCACCGGCAGGAGCGCAUCUACGAGGAGAACAUCUACGACACGAUCCGCAGUGCGGACGGUGUCGACUAUGACGAUCCGGCCUGCGGCUCAGCGGAGCUGGACCCAACGCAGACAACGCAACCAGGCGGCAUUAGGGUGGGCCUAUCGUCCCGCGCACGCCAGCAACCAUCGCCGCCCGCCGAUAACGUAUCGCUCGUUUCAUCCAACUGCUACGAAUCGAUCGGACUGCGGCUGGAGUACGAGCGGAGCAUGAUGUUGGCGCGGCGCAACCUGGCCGGCGGUUCGACCACGACGCUGGCGUCCGAUCAAAUCACCAACAGCCUGUACGGUGUUACGGCCGGGCUCGCAAGCUUAACACCACCAAGUGAACGUGGUAGUGACACAAGCAACAGUGCCGACUGGACCGACAUCUCCGACGAGGAUGAGACGGGUGAGCGGGCCGAUGUGACGACGGCGAUGACCACGGGGGGAUCGAAGCGACCGAACUUUAUCGUCGUACGGGAGCGCAAGCGGACGCAUCAGACACCGUUAAGGUCGCGGAAACUGGCUCGCAUCUCGCACCCGAAGAUAGACGACGAUUCCGAUCAUCACUAUGAAUCGCUUUACUCGAUCGGUUCGAACGAUGGGCGCCACCAGCACCAGCACGAUUCCAACUACACCACCUUGCCGUCGCACGCGGAAGGAUCCCCGCUUUCCGGGAAUGUCACGUCCGGGGUCAACUUCCACGAGCAUCGAGCCGGUGGUGGUGGUGGUGGUGAUGCAAGUGCAGCGAUGCUACUUCCCCCUGACGACGAGUUCGACUCGUUCGACAGCGAUGACACGGACUACGAGGACGAAGACGACGAUCGGAACCGAGCCCGAACGGACAGUGGGGUGGACAUACGAAACGCGAAGCUGCCCGAUCCACCACCGUCCAGCAGUCAGGUGUACGUGCUAGUGCAAAAGAUUAAGAACCUCGGCACACUGUCGGAGAUAGCGAAAAGCUUCCACAAGCUGUCCAAGAAGAAGGGAACCAAAGGCGCUACUACGACGGCCGGUGCCGGUGGUGGUACGUACGAGAAUACGGUCCUGGGCUCGAAGCACGCCGGCACCAAAACAGGGUCCAAAGGAAUGAGCUCUUCCACUUCCUCGAAAUCGUUCAAACUGCCGCCUCUCCCUUUAGUCGGUGGCGGUGGUGGUGUGCCAAAACCACCACCGGAGGACUACGAGGGGGCAGCAGUCGGCUCACCGCACUCCGGGUCGCAUCCGGCGCCGCCUGGUUCGUCCUUGCUGCUGCCGGCUUCCUCGCCAUCCUUGUCUUCGGCGUCCACCACGGCUAAUCGCGCUGCUGCGGCGACGCCGCUCAUCUCUAGUCCCGUGCCGGAGCAAUCGUCGUCCGCCGGUGUGCGCAGCACGAGCGAGUCCAGCAACGUGAGCGGCAAUGUGCCGAAAGCUCCCGGCACCGCGGGUUUCUCCCCGGCCGACGGUGCGACGCGCAAAAAGUCCAAGAGUACCAAAUCGCUGCGCUCGAAGCUGCGCAAAAGUCUCGUGUCCGAUUCGACCAGCCUCAACAUCGGAAGCUCGUUCAACGGGUCCCGCAGCACGUUCUACGUAACGUCGGCCGAUGUGGAUUCGGGCAUCUUUAACGGGUCGGACGGUUGCCUUAAUCCAUCCGCCAGCAGUGUGUCCCAGUCGCAGGAGAUGCCAACGAAACCGGCCGAAGACAAUCGACGAAAAUCGAUUGCCUCUGCGACCGGGACGACGGGUCACGGGCGUCCAACGAUACCGCCACCACCGCCACCGGCCGAAGCGGGCAAGAGGACGGCAGCAUCUUCCUCCGUUUCACCCCUGCUGGCCGCAAGCAACAGCAAGUCGGUGAGCAAGAAGCUGGGCGCUACCUCCUGGUACGCGGAGUGUGGCGUCUUCAAGCAGCCGCACUCCUUCGGCACCGGAAGCGAUCAGUCGCUGAGCAAUGGAAAGGGCGAUGGUAGCAUCAGCCCUCGCAGCUCCCUACCACCAAAGGACGGCGGUCCUACCGGUGCUGGAUCUGGUGGUGGUGUUGGUGGCGGUAACGAUCGCACACUCACCAGCAAUGGGCACACGUCGGCCUCGUCGUGGUACGCGGACAUCUACCAAACCAGUGGCGCAUCGGUGGCGAGCUCGAGCGAAAGCUCGGGCGUCUCUACCGGCGGAGAGGGUGGACCGGGUGACGAUCAUUCGCACAGUAUGUUUGUGAACGAGCCGCUGUACCAGAUUUACAAUGCCGCGAAGCUGGAAUCGAUCACGCGGGACAUUGAUGCGGAAAUUAGUGGCCGCUCGGAGGCGGAGCUGUACGACGAUGGGUACGAGAAGAUUGCGGAGCGAAACCGCCGACGGAAGACGGGAGGCACCGGCGAGCAGGAGGGAGCAGAGGAAGGUGAUGAAGGUGGCUGCUCCAGCAGCUCGGGCAGCUCGUCCACCGAUGGGGACGAUCGGGGCGAUGAUUCCGCGAUGCAUCUGCGCAAACCUUCGCGUCCAACGGCGCUGGAGCUGAUUGAGCCGCACAUUGGCAAGCUGCGUACGCUUUGGUGCGAAGUGCCGGAGGUUCGAAAUUCCGAGAUACUGGCUACCCUAACGCCGACGGAAAAGCGGCUACAGGAAGCCAAGUUCGAGAUACUCACCUCGGAAGCGUCCUACCUGAAAUCGCUCAAUCUGCUCCGGACGCACUUUGUCAACCAUCCUGCCUUCCGCGACACGCGUAUCCUCAGCUCUUCGGAGCGGAAAACGCUCUUCUCCUCCAUCAUACCGGUGCAGGAGUGCUCGGACCGGUUGCUGUGCGAUCUGGAAAACUGCUGGCAGGACAACAUUAUGCUGCUCGGGCUGAGCCACAGCAUCUACAAGCACGCGGAGAAGCACUUCCACGUGUACGUGACGUACUGCGAGCAUCAGGCCAAGAUCGAUCGCACCCUGAAGGCGCUCAAAGCCAACAAGCCGGAGUUUGCGCGCACACUGGCCGCGCUCGAGGCGGACCCGGUCUGCUGCAGUCUCAGUUUGUCCUCCUUCCUGAUGCUGCCGAUGCAGCGCAUUACGCGCAUGCGCCUGCUGCUGGACGCGGUGCUGCAGCGCUGCCAUCCGGACGAUGACGACGAGUUCGGCAGCUGGGAGAGUACGUUCGUGCUGAUCAAUCGCAUCCUGACGCAGUGCAACGAUGCGGCCCAUCGCAGCGAGCAGCUGUACGAGAUGGAGCUGCUGUCGCGGCAGAUCGAGUUCCCGACGAACGUGCGACCGCUGGCGAUCGUGCCGUGCGGUAUCGGGGCCGCCCCCAGCACGAUGCACCGGAAGCUGGAGAAGCGCGGCGAUCUGGUGCACGUGCUGUGGCGCGGCGACGAUGCGAAGCUCACGUUCGGCAAGAAGUUCUCCAAGAGCAAUGUGUACGCGUUCCUCUUUACCGAUUUGCUUGUGUUGACCAAAAAGAAAAGCGAUGAAAGCUAUCUUGUGAUCGAUUACUGUCAGCGGGCAUUGCUGACCGUCAGCUCGGGCGAUAUUGUGACCGGUCUGCCGGCCAAAGAGAUGCAAACGAUCGGUAAAAAUCUCAUCAUCAUGACACUGCUGGAGAACCACGAGGGCAAGACAAUCGAAAUGAUUCUUAGCUGCCCGUCCGAAACGGAACGCGAACGCUGGCUGAUGGUGACGGAACCGCCGGCCUCGGAAAACCCGGACGAGAAGAUCUACGAGCAGUGGGACUGUCCGCAGGUGAUAGCCGUCCAUCCCUACCAAGCGCUGCAACCGGACGAACUCGAUCUCGACAUCAAGGACGUGGUGAACGUGCAUCGGAAGAUGGCCGACGGCUGGUACGAAGGUGAACGUAUUCGUGACGGUGCCGUCGGUUGGUUCCCGAGCAACUACACGAAGGAAAUCCCGUCGGCCCACAUACGGGCGAAGCACAUCAAGCAGCGCCACCUGCUGCUAACGUACACCUCCAAGUACAUCGACACUGCCACUAAAGCCCACCAUCAUUACCACAAUUACUAUCAUCAACCGCAGCACCAGCAGCAGCAUCAUCAUCAUCAACUUCAUCAUAAACAGCAGCAUUUGCAGCAUCAGCAGCAGUAUCAUCAUCAUCAUCAACAGCAGCAAAGCAAAAAGUGAAAUAAAACCGUGAUUGUGUACCGUACUUAGAAAUAGACAGAGGGAGAGAGAGAGCGUGCGCGCAUUUUGAAGUGAAGUGAAUUUGUACAAUGGAAUAUAUCUAAAACACCUGUACAGAGCUGUGUGCUGUUAAGGUUGCCGCAGUUUUUAGACCGUCAAGGCGGGGAGGGGUGUGGGCACAUCAGCACCGCUCCCGCGCUCUCGCCGGUCAAGCAAUAGUAGAAUAAGGGUAGGAUAGUUUUAGCCGUUCGCGUAUCUAGAAUAUCGCUAGUAGUGUUGUACUAUACCGUGUAGAUAUAGCCCCCCUGUUUCAUGCCAACAUUUCGCUCUAUCUAAUCGUUACACUGAAUUUAAUGUGAAAUAAAAUGUUAUUGAAUAAAA